ACAAACCAAAUAAGCAGUGAAGAGUGUGAAGCAGUGUCUUAUCUGGUUGUUCCCUUCCUUACCUUUCGAGCUCGAUAGCCAUGGAGGUUGUUUCUCAGCCUCUGUGCACCAUUCUAUUCGCCACGCGCAAACGCUCUCUUCUCAUUCCAAAACAAAUCCCCAAUCCUUCUAAGCACUUCCCCUUCUUAUCUUUUCGCGCCACCAUUCUCUCCUCUUCGCGUGUUUCUCUACCGUCUCUUCUGUUCGCGGCGCCGGAGAACCAGUUGAGUGUCGGUGAAGGAGAGAACACCGAUGCCAGUGAAUGGGCUCUGCAAGAUUUUUACUCCCUGAGGAGGGAUGUUGAAAUUAUGUUGCAACGUGUUGAAGAGAUUAGAGAGUCUUCUGGUCUACAACUAUUGGAGCAAGAACUUGCCAAUUUGGAGGAGCAAGCAGCAGAUAUCUCUUUCUGGGACAAUCGGGCCAAAGCUCAAAACAUUCUUUCGACCUUGGCUGAUGUCAAAGAGAAGAUAAAAUUACUCAAUGAUUUUAAAACCCAGGUUAGAUUUACUUAUAUUGAUUCUCAACAAUUAUUUUAGGAAGGACCAGCAUGUCCUUUCUAAAAGUCCUGGCUGAAUGGGGAACCCCAAGGUUUAGUGGGA